AUGGAGAUGAUCUCUUUCAACAUGGACCACGGCUUUCUCGAAGGCAUCGUCCGUGGCUACCGCACAUCCCUCCUCACGUCCAACAACUACUCCUCCUUGACACAGUGCGAGACGCUCGACGACUUCAAGAUGCAGCUCCAGGCCACCGACUACGGCAACUUUCUUCAGAACGAGCCGAGCCCCAUUUCCACAUCUACCAUCGCCGAGAAGGCGACACGCAAGCUCGUCUCCGAAUUUGAGUACCUGCGCACCAACGCCACUCAACCCUUGAGCAAGUUCCUCGACUACAUGACGUACGCCUACAUGAUCGACAAUGUGAUCCUGCUCAUCACGGGCACGCUGCACGAGCGAGACACACACGAGCUGCUCGAGCGCUGCCACCCACUCGGCGUCUUCGAGACCAUGCCCGCUUUGUGUGUCGCCUCCACCGUCGAAGAGCUCUACGACUCGGUUCUUGUCGAGACCCCUCUGGCUCCCUACUUCCGCGACUGCAUCUCCAAAUCCGACCUCGACGACCUCAACAUCGAGAUCAUCCGCAACACGCUCUACAAGGCCUACCUCGAGGAUUUCUACGGAUUCUGCAAGUCGCUCGGCGGCACCACGGCAGAGACCAUGUGCGAGCUCCUCUCGUUCGAAGCCGACCGUCGCACCAUCAACAUCACCAUCAACUCGUUCGGCACCUCGCUCUCCAAAGAGGACCGCGCGCGUCUUUUCCCCAGCAUCGGCAAGCUUUUCCCGGCUGGAAACAACGUUCUCGCCAAAGCCGACGAGCUGGACCAAGUCAAGAGCGUUUGCGAUAACAUCCCUGAAUACCGCUCUUUCUUCGACUCGUCAGCAGCAUCAGGUGGCGGUCAACCUUCCGGCGGCGGUGGAUCGAGCGGCGAGGCAAACGCAGACAUGCUCGAGGACAAGAUGUUCAAGCUCGAGGUGCAGCUCAACCGCAUCCUCACCAUCACCCAGUUCCAAUUCGGUGUCUUCUACGCUUGGUUGAAGCUCAAGGAGCAGGAGAUCAGGAGCAUCACCUGGAUCGCAGAGUGCAUCGCCCAGAAUGCCAGGGAUAGGAUCUCGGAUUUCAUCCCGCCUUUGUAG